CUUAAUUUUGCAGAUUAAGUAGACACUAUCGAUAAAAUAUUAUACUACAAAAAAUAUAUAAAUUCAUGUAAUGAAGUAACUUUAAAUAUAUAUAGUUUUUAAACAUAUUUUAAGACAUUAAAAUAUUGUUCACCUGCUUGAAAGUUUAAAUAUUUCUUAGAUCAUUAUUAAAAUCGGUUACAUCAGUACUAAAGACUGCGUAAGGUAGAGGUAGGUAAUAAAUAUAUAAAUAUAAUGAUCAGCUAUCAUGAUUCGAAACUAGCUCCCGGUUUAACAUCCUGCGCGUGAGCACUGUGUUGUACAACUUGUACAGACAGCAAGUGUAUUUCAUGUGCGCCGCCAGUCGACAACGCUGCUCUGACAGAAGUCGAUCGAACUACAUUAAAAAACAAUUGUGUUUCCUUUUUCAAAUUGAAUUAACGUUUUUCUUAAAUUAAAUAUAAAGUGUUAGUUAUUUUACUUUUUUUUGGACGAAAUAAUGAAGGAACUAUUACUGUUACUAAUCUUCUGCGGGGUUGCACUUUCCACAAGCCCAUGCUGCCCAAACGGGGAAAUCAUGGAGCGACGAAGCUGUGGCAACGUCACAAGCCCGCUACUUGAGUGCCCUGACGGACGGAUGCUACUCAGAAACAUCGUGCUUAAAGGCAAUAAAGUCUCGACACAGGACACGCCUGGAUAUACUUUCGUCGAGGACCCUACACAGUAUUGUGUUGGUCAAAUGUACAUAAACAACAGUGAUAAAUCAAUGGGGUUGACGAACGUGGCGCUGGUUUGCUUUGAAAAAGAUAAGAUAUAUACAAAUGAUUUGGAGACGAGCGGUAUACUCACACUUAUCUCUGUGGUUUUCUUAUUGGCAACAAUAGCAGUUUACACUUAUCUCCCACAAAUGAGAGAUCUACAAGGAUUAUGUUACCUUUGUACCUGUGUCAGUAUGUCGUUAGGAUUUCUAUCGUUGGGCAUGAUGCAACUAAACACUGGCUUUGGUAACGAACUUUGCACAGCUGCAGGUUUCCUAGUUUACGCAUGGAUGAUGGCCACAUUUUUUUGGAUGAACGUAGUUUGCAUUAACACAUUCCGUACCAUUCUAGACGCGGCUUAUUUACAGAAGACUGAAAGAAAGCAGUACAUUUUGUAUAGUUUUUACGCUUGGGGUUGCCCUUUAUUAUUUGUUAUAAUAGCGCUUAUAACGCAAUUCGUUGAGGGCAACCAUUACAGGCCUGGCUUUGGGAUUGACGCUUGUUGGUUCAAAGGACGGGCAGAAACAUGGCUGUUCUUCUACGGUCCCAUAGCCAUUUUAGUUGCUUCGAACGUUGUUAUGUUCGUACUGUCCUCAUAUCACCUCUGGCAGCAAACCAAAAAGUAUGAAGUGAACAAACUGAACAACUUAAAGCACAGAUUCCGCUUGUCAUUGAAAUUGUUCUUAGUGAUGGGGAUAAAUUGGAUAUUCGAAAUUGCAAGCUUUGCUCACGGCGAACAACACAUUAUAUGGUAAAUAUUUUAUAUAUAAAAUUCUCGAGUCACAAUGUUAGUAACCACACUCCUCUUAUCUAUUUUUCAUACCCCUAAGUGAUAAGGGUUGUCCACCCCUAACAUUUUUUUUAUUAUUUGGACAACCUUUUUUUUUAUAAUGUGGCAUUAAAAAUUAUAUACAGCCCUAUAUUUUUACCCUUCUACUACCCAUAUUUUUGUGGCAGCACGAAGUUGGCUGGAUCAGCUUGUAAUAUCUAUCAGUUUCAUACAUCACCAAUUAUUUUUAAGAAACUAGUUUGAACGGAAUUAGAUCAUAUAGUUAGCGUAAAAAUGAAUAGAAACUUCAAAAAUUAUAUGAUAAAGCGCUAAUUAAGGUCUUUUAUAGAAAUAAUGUAGACUGUUAUUUUUUAUAAUCAAAGCAACAAUUAUAUUUUUAAUGAAAUAAGCACAUAUAUACCUCUAUAACUUAUAGACCGUAAAUACGCUUGUGAAUGUUCGAAAUCCUCUGACAUUAUUAAUUUAUUCUAGAUUUUCAAUAUUUAAUUGGAAGAAAAAUAUCAUCAUGAUCUGCCUGUUAAUGUCCCCACUGCUAGAGCACAGGCAUUUCCUAUGGGUUGAAAAGGGAGACUGGGCCAUGACCGGGCGCGGGCCCAGUGCAGUUCGGAUGCUAACGACUGUAGAUGCAGCCGGAACCAACAGUUUAACGUGCCUUCCGAAGCACGGUGGAACUCGAGAUAAUAAUUUUUUGGUCACCCAUCCAAUGAUCGACCACUGCGAAAAUUGCAUUAAACUUCAACGAUCGCAGCCAAACGCGCUAACGACUUGCACUAUCGUGCUUCUAAAAGGAAAAUACAGAAAGUGCUAAAGGACAAUGGGCAAAACGCACCCAGCUCCGCCAACAAUGUAAUUAGUAUGAAUCGAUAGACCUAUGAAAAACUAGCCAUUUUUAUUAUGACACCAAAAAUAAAUAUCCUGGGAGUCAAAAGAUAUGACACCGUAAAAAUAUCCUGGUAGUCAAUAGAUAUGACACAUGGGCAUAUUUAAGUAGCUGAAUAAAUUCAUUUUAUAAUACCUUCAUUUUAUAUUAUUAGUAAUCAUAAUAAUAUGCCAUAUCGUACUAUACAACCAGAUAUACGACAAAGCCUGCCGACCAUCCUGCACUUCUUUUCGCAGGAAAAUCAUGGACACCUUCAAUUGCCUACAAGGAGUCGUUAUAUUCUUGCUGCUAGUGGUGUUCAGAAGGCGUGCAAUACGCGGCCUAGUUAGCGAAAACUUCUGCUUGCCCUUGACACGGCCGCUGGCAGAGAAGCUGAGUCCACAUGAUGACCCUGAUGAUGAACAUAUAUUGGCAGAAGAAACUGUUGAAGUGAGACUCAACUGAUGAAACUCAUUAAGUUUUUGUUAAAAUUAGGAUAUUUGAAAAUUAAGCGAGAGGGGGCGUACUACGAACCAGGCUUCUUACAGACUGCGUCUGAAAUGCCAUUGCCAGUCAAUUGUAAAGUAAGGUACAGUUUCAAUGAAGUCUACUAACUAGCAGUUGGCAUGCAGUUCUUAUGAAAGCUUUUUUUAUUUAGUUGUUUUACAAGAAUAUGAGCAAUAAUACUCAGGAUAUUAUGAUAAAGAACACUUGAAUUCCUUUGCAUCUUAGAAUAAUAACGCCAUUAUUUUAAGUUUUGCAUUUUAAAAAGAAAAAGCGGAUAAGCAUCUAAUGGAGUAACCAAAUGCCAAAGAGAAAAUGAUUUUUCUUUAAGUACCUUUUUUAUCUUUAUUAAUUUGAUCGAUUAAAGCUACAUUCCCUUAAAAGCACUUACGUUGUCCUUUACAAAUAUAUAUUUUCAAAUGAUUUUAUGUAAUUAUGGGAAAAGAAUAUAAAUUAGGAAUUCACCUAGAUAUGUAACUUUCUCUAAAUGAAAUAAAAGUAACAGUCGAUAUUUUUGGAAUAAUGUCAAUUAGAUUACAAAACUGCGCAUUUCCAUUGUAGUGGUGUCAAUUGCAAUUUAGCUGCAAUAUGGUAAUUCAAAUGUAGCCCGUCUGUAUUAAACCUUAAAUUGCGAUUCAAUUUGUAAAAUAGAAUGAGACAUCGCUUUAUUCCGUAAAGCGAUAUCAGUGAUAUGAUAUCACACUUCACGUGGCUUUUGGAUUGCAUGAAAAGUUCAUGGUAUUGGCGCUGCUCAAGUAAGUUCGUUUGUUAAAAUGAGAAAAUAAAAAAAAUAGUUACGAAGAGGAGGAAUAUCAUCGUACUUUACUAUAAGACUGUUGAAUCUCUUUUUUGUAUUAGUUGAUAAUUUGGGCCCAGGUUGGUCCUGAUUAGAUAAGGAAUUGUUUUUAAAGCUAAUAUUUAAAUGAUCAUCAAAAAAGCAGCAAAGGAUCACCAAAUAAAAAUUAAGUUAGG